AACGUGGGCCGAAUAAUGAAGCCCAUCUUCAGAUCCCGACGUGUGCGCUUCUUCGCUGGGGAGGUUGUUAAUACAGAUAUCAUCAUCAUCCAUCCAUCAAUCAUUCACCCUCUGAUCUCAACUUCAGAUUCAUCGGCCGGCGUCUUCUUAAAAUUCAGAUCGUCGAAGAUGUCUACGUUCAGUGGCGAUGAGACCGCUCCUUUCUUCGGCUUCCUUGGCGCUGCCGCAGCCCUCGUCUUCUCCUGCAUGGGAGCUGCAUAUGGGACUGCCAAGAGUGGUGUCGGUGUGGCAUCUAUGGGUGUUAUGAGACCUGAGUUGGUCAUGAAGUCUAUUGUCCCUGUUGUUAUGGCUGGUGUCUUGGGUAUCUAUGGUUUGAUUAUUGCUGUUAUCAUCAGUACCGGUAUUAACCCCAAGGCUAAAUCUUACUACCUCUUCGACGGUUAUGCUCAUCUCUCUUCUGGUCUCGCUUGUGGCCUUGCUGGUCUUUCUGCUGGAAUGGCCAUUGGUAUUGUUGGUGAUGCUGGUGUCAGGGCCAAUGCUCAGCAGCCAAAGCUUUUCGUUGGUAUGAUUCUUAUCCUCAUUUUCGCUGAAGCUCUGGCUCUAUACGGUCUCAUCGUCGGGAUCAUCUUGUCUUCCCGAGCUGGUCAGUCCCGAGCCGAAUGAGAAGAGAAUGCGCUUCUUCUUGGAUUCUUUGCUUUGCUUUCUCGCUCUCGUCUUAUAUUAUUUCUCAGGUUAGUAGAGGGAGUCCCCCAGUGGUUUUGCUACUUUAUGUAGCACGUUUCUUAAAAAAACCACACAAUCACCAAAGUGUUGUUCGUUUUCCACCCUUGUGUUAUGUUUGUAAUAUUCUUCUCUUCCCAGUUAAGAGAGACACCCUCUUAUUUAUACUUGUUUUUUGUCAUUCUAAUAAAAUCACAGAAAACUCAAUUUGAUCUUUGUU